AUGAAAUUCUCAACUACCGCUUUACUAGCAAUUUUAUCAUCCCUUGUAUCAGUACAAGCUGCAUGUUCAGUUGAAGCAGGUAACUAUUACUGUUCCCCAACCACAAAAGUCAUCUACGAAGGUUUAGGUUAUUCCGGUACUUAUCAAGAUGUCAUAAGUAUGGAUGAAUCUACCGGUACUUGUGGACAACAACCAUAUUCCUUCAGUGGUAACUUGUCCCCUCUUGAUGAAGAAUUAUCCGUUCAUAUCAGAGGUCCAUUGAAAUUAUUACAGUUUGGUGUCUACUACCCAUCUCCUCAAAACCAAAAGAGAGAAGAAGAACCAGAAUGUAACACCAAACAUGUCCAUCAUAGACAUAAGAGAGCAGUUGAGAUUGUCGCAGUCACCGAAACUGUCAUUGUUGAUGGUCAAGGAAAUACCAUCUCAGCACCAGCCACUCAGACAUCUACUGUUGCAGAUGAAUUAUCCACCACUUUACCCGACAAUAAUCAACUUUCUUCAUUAGAAGGAUUCCAGCAACCAUCAAUCUCCACUCAAUCUGCCCCAACCACUACUUCUCAAGCUUCUGCUGAACCUUCUGCUGUUGCUGGUGGCGCUUGGACUAGAUCUUCUUACUAUACUCCAGGAAGUGCCGACAACUGUGUUUUCUUAAACUAUUUCGGUGGUUCUGGAUCUGGUGUUUGGUCUGCAGGUUUCGGAAACUCCCUUUCUUAUGCUAAUUCAGAUAAUUCCGGUGGUGCCUCAUCUCCAGUUGCUUUAGGUGAUGUUACUGUUGGUUCUAAUUCCGAAUAUGUCAUUAUGUCCGGUUCUCCAUGUGGAAAUGAUGACGGAUGUGGAUUCUACCGUCCAGGUACUGUUGCUCAACAUGGUUUUGGUGGAGAUAGUAAGAUUUUCAUUUUUGAAUUCCAAAUGCCAAGUGACCCUAGUGCUUCUGGAUUGAAUGCUGAUAUGCCUGCUGUUUGGUUAUUAAAUGCUAAGAUUCCAAGAACUUUGCAAUAUGGUGAUGCUAGUUGUUCAUGUUGGAAGACUGGAUGUGGUGAAUUAGAUUUAUUCGAAAUCUUAUCCACUGGUUCUAAUAAAUUGAUUUCUCAUUUACAUGAUGGUCAAGGUGCUGAUGGAACUAAUACCGGUGGUGGUGGAUCUCAAGAUUAUUUCGUCCGUCCAACUUCUGGUUCUAUGAAGGCUGCUGUUAUUUUCAGUGGUACCGAAGUACAUAUUGUACAAGUUGAUGAUAGUGUUACCUUUGGUGGUUCUUUGAGUCAAGAUACCGUUAAUGGUUGGUUACAACAACAAGGUUCUAUUGCUACCCUUGGUUAUUAA